AUGGAGCUUGACCCGAAUUUCUAUACGGUCGCAUGGAUUGCCCCGCUGGAGAUAGAAGCAAGAGCAGCCUUGCAUCUGUUGGAUAACCGCCACCAGGGCCAAUUUCCCUGGAGCUACGGCUAUGACUAUUUGUUCCAUGCCGGUGAUAUUAACGGACAUAAUGUGAUUAUUGCCACCCUGCCAAGUGGUCAAGAAUAUGGCACCGGCUCAGCAGCAGCUCUCGCCAGUCAGAUAAAAGCUUCCUUCCCAAACAUACGGUUUGGGUUAUUGGUUGGUGUUGCGGCCGGGCUUCCGAAUCUCUCGCGAAGUCCACCAUAUGAUAUCCGUCUUGGUGAUGUUCUCGUGGGACUUCCAGACGGGGAAAGUGCUGGCCUCGUCGCAUAUGACCUGGGGAAAGACACAAAGAAUGGAUUUCAAUUAUUGUGCUGUGGACAUGUAUUGGCUAGAACGGAAACUAUUGUCAGGUCGGCAAUUGGUUGCAUUAAGAUUGAGUCGCCGCAUGACGCGGACAUCUUUUUGCCAUUCUACGAAAGUAUUCGAGACAAACGACAUGCAAAUGGCACAUUUCGUGAUCCAGGACAAGAUCAAGACGAACUCUAUGCGGUUGACAAAGAUGGAGUCGAACGCACUGUUAAACGAGAACAGCGACCAGACUCGAAACGCGUGCACGUAUGGUAUGGUCCGAUUGGAUCCGGAGAGAAACUGAUGAAGAAUGCUGUGAAAAGGAACGAGUUGCGUGACAGAUACAACGUGAUUGGUCUUGAAAUGGAGGCCGCUGGCACGAUGAACCAGAUUCCGGUUGGAGUUAUCCGAGGGGUGUGUGAUUAUGGAGAUGAACAUAAAAGCAAGGAAUGGCAACCAUAUGCCGCGGCCAUGGCAGCAGCUUAUGCUAAAGCAGUCUUGUAUCAGAUCUUCCCAAAGAUGUCGACUUACUUAGAACUCUUCCAGGAAAGUGAGUCAAACCAAGAGUGUCUUCUGAAAUAUGACGGUGCCAAAGAUCUCCGGCGAGAUGGAAGCAUCCAGCGUCCCGUCAUCAGCACAUGGCAGAUCUCAUUUGACCAGAUCCGUCGUGCAUUCCCAGCAGCUACAGAUCUGCUGGCGCUUAUGAGUAUGUUUGACCGACAGGGGAUUCCAGAGGAUCUUGUCAACCGGGGAAAGAAUCGAUUGACCUUUGAGGAUACUAUUGCUCCGCUAGUGAGCUUUUCUCUGAUCCGGACUGAGAUUGGAGGGCGGUCGUUUGAGAUGCACCGGCUUAUACAAUUGUCAAUCCGAGAGUGGCUGAAGCGGCGGGGUCGGUUUCAUGCAUGGACAAAACAAGGUCGUGAAGUGAUGGGGGAAAUGUUUCCUAGUGGAGAUUAUGAAACAUGGACAACUUGUCAGAUGCUUCUUCCACAUUUAAAGGAGCUGAUGCAGUUCCUGGUGGAAUCUGACAAGGAUGAUCUGUUGAACGACACGAGGAUUGCUAGACGAUGCGGUUGGUACAUUUACCUUAUGGGGAAGUACGAAGAGGCCGAAGUGAUGUAUCGACGGGCACUCACUGGAUAUGAGAAGGUGCUGGGAGCUGACCACCCCGACACACUGAUGAAGACCGAGAGUCCCUCUUCCGAGAUCCGCCGAUGA